AUGGAACAAAUGCCAAAAUAUUUAAGUAAUAGUUGUGAACUUUUAACUACAAAAUGUGUUUUAAAAGAACUUGAAAAAUUAGGAAGUCCUGUUUUUGGUGCAUUACAUAUUUUAAAAAGUUAUGAAAUUCUUCACUGUCCUCAUACUCCUGAAAAAAGUGUUGAAAGUUGUUUUCUUUAUUUAGCCAGGAAAUCUAUUAAAGAAGGAAAACAAAAAUUGAUGUUUGCUACGAAUGAUAGUAAUUUAAAAGAGAAGUUAAGAACUAUUCCUGGAAUUUCAAAUUUAUUUAUCGGAUAUAAUACAAUUAUUUUAGAAGACAUCUCAGAGGCAUCUCUUAAAAAAGAAGAAAAUAUAUCUAGUGAUUUAAAACGUUUACAAGAUUUGAAAAAACAAGUUUUAGGAGAUGAUAAAAAAAUAAAUCAUAGAAAGAGAAAACCUAAAGGUCCAAAUCCAUUAUCAUGUUUGAAGAAAAAACCAAAAGUAGAUACUUCAGGGGGAGAUUCUGAUAAAACUAAAAAAACAAGACGGAAGAAGAAAAUCGCUAAUUCAACACAAUCUAAAUAA